AUGGCUGUGUUCAAUCUCUUCAAGAUGCUCGCUCUCCUCCUCAUCAGCUUGGUCACAGUGACCUCCGCUUCACCCAUCGCCACUUCCGAUGGAGUCUCGACUGCUGGUCUCAAUUGUCCGGCUUGCUUGACCGCGAUUAGCAAAGUUUGCAAGGACAACAAGCUCAGCGGGUACAAAUGCGACACACUAUGGUGCCUCAGUUUGAAUUGCCGACAGUGCAACCCACACUGUCCACCCAUCGGGGGUGCUGGCGUUGGUUUAGCUGGCGCUGAACCCUUCGAUGACUCUACUAAUGUCUCGGACACUAUCCCCAACGACGCCUUGAUCGCUACGGUUGAGGCGGCCGUUGCCGACAUCUCUUCUAUUUCUGUGGCUCCAGCGGCUAAGCGCGACACCUCACUCGCCAUUCCCGGGGAUGAUGUCUUUACUGACUCCAAUUGCUACCGAUGCGUAUACAUCAACCUGUUCUGCCAGCAUAACAAGCUCACCGAAGAGGAAUGUUUGCCCAUCCGGUGCAAUGACCCCGACUGCAACGUAUGCAGUCGCAGUUGCCACAAAGCUCAGCAGGUCGAUGCGUCAGACCCUGCCACCAUGGAGAGUGUCGUUGCCGACGUCUCUUCUACUUCUGUGGCUUCAGCGACUAAGCGUGAGGCUGCACAGAAAUGCGUCUGGAUCUGCUUCCACGUGACGUGCACGCGUCAGUGUACCGACGACGCUGAAGUGGCCGCGUACGAAGCAAGCGGCGCGAUCGUCAUCAACGAGACCGAGCUCCAUGCUGGCACGUCCAUCUCUGUCACUGCGCACCAUACGCAGUUGGAGAACAACGAGCAAGUUGGAAAUGCUUUCCUGUACCAUUGCGACUUGACCUCUGAUAGUUGCUGGACCGAGCCCGUUCUCGAGCCAGUAGCUGGGACCGAGACUGCCAUCGAGAGCAUUCCAGAUAUUCCAUACAAGAUCUGCCGCGAGAUUUGCAACACUGACAAGUCGCUCUGCGGACUGGUUUGUGAUCAAGAAGCGGAGAAGGAGACUGUGAUGAACGACCCUGUUUCAAGGACUAGGAUCAAGUGCCACUGGGAGUGCUACUUCGGUCAGUGCUGGGCGGUCUGCAUGCCUGAUAUGGGCGACGCCUCCAGCGACUCCAGCGAUGUAUCAUCAGCCAACGUAGCAACAAAGUUCAAGCCUUGCCGCUGGGAGUGCUACUUUGGUCAGUGCUGGACAUGCUGCCCUCCUCCUUGA